AUGAAGCUAAUAACUGUCUUAUCUACUCUUGCAGGUGUAUCCCAAGCAGUUUCACUGUUCGAAGGGAAUUGGCUGGGUGAAUUUGAAUCCAAGCUACAGUCACCUAGGAACAUUUACCAAGAGGUCACCAAGGGAUUUUCACACCGUUGGGAUUCUGUGCAGGUUCUAGAGUCGCCCAUCGAUCCAAGUUAUUCUCUAAGGAUUAAAGAAGUGGAUCCUGCUAAACUGGGCGUGGACACUGUUAAGCAAUGGUCAGGUUAUUUGGAUUACGAAGAUAGUAAGCAUUUCUUCUAUUGGGCAUUUGAAAGUAGGAACGAUCCUUCAAAGGAUCCUGUAAUUCUGUGGCUCAACGGUGGCCCUGGCUGUUCAUCCUUUACUGGACUAUUGUUCGAAUUAGGACCUUCGCAAAUUGGGCCUGAAAUUAAGCCAAUUCACAACCCUCAUUCGUGGAAUAAUAAUGCAACUGUGAUCUUCUUGGAACAACCGCUAGGUGUUGGUUUUUCAUAUGGUGAUGAAAAGGUUACCAAUACCAGAGCUGCUGGUAGGGACGUCUACAUCUUCUUGGAAUUAUUCUUCGAAAAGUUCCCACAUUUGAGAUCGCAUGACUUCCACAUUGCUGGUGAAUCCUAUGCUGGACAUUACAUUCCUCAGAUUGCCCAUGAAAUCGUUAUCGAAAAUCCUGGAAGAACUUUUGACCUAACCUCUGUUCUUAUCGGCAAUGGUAUUACCGAUUCCCUGAUUCAAAAUGAUUACUAUCAGCCAAUGGCUUGCGGUGAAGGUGGAUAUCCUCAACUUUUAACUGAUGAAGAUUGUUCUACGAUGGAGAAAAAUACAAAUCGUUGCCGUACGUUGAACCGUAUCUGUUACGGUACAAAAUCUAACAUUGCAUGUGUAGCUGCUACUGCAUUCUGUGAAUCUGUUACUGUGGGCACAUUCCAAGAAAAAACUGGCUUGAAUGUCUAUGAUAUCAGGGGUCCUUGUGAGGAUAAUGAUAGUGGCACCUGCUACUUUGGUAUGAAUUAUGUUGAUGAUUACAUGAACCAAAGAUACGUACAGGACGCGUUGGGGUCAGAUGUACACAAUUAUACCGGUUGUAACGAUCAAGUAUUCUUGGGAUUUGCCCUAACUGGGGAUGGUGCCAAGCCUUUCCAACAAUAUGUGACAGAACUGGUGGAUUUAAACAUUCCAGUCUUGCUCUACGCUGGUGAUAAAGAUUACAUUUGUAACUGGUUGGGUAAUAAAGCUUGGUCUGAUAAAUUAGAUUGGAGAUACGGUGAAAAGUACGAAUCUCUACCUCUAAAGGCCUGGAAAAGUCAAAGUACUGGUGAAAAAUUGGGUGAAGUUAAAAACUACGGGCCUUUGACCUUCUUAAGGAUUUACGAUGCUGGACACAUGGUUCCUUAUGACCAGCCUGAAGCCGCUCUUGAAAUGGUGAACGACUGGAUUACAGGUUCUCAUGAUUUUGGGUACUCGGAAGAGAGGUUAGAUGCUGAAGACUUAUGGCUAGAAAAGCUUAAAGAAAUAUGGCUAGAAUAG